GGCUUCUGACUGGCCGUGGGGUGCAGGCGGCCCGCUGGGGCGGGAAGGGAGAAACUAGGCGUGGAACUUGGGGGAGGGGUGGGGGGGCGGUCUACCAGUGGAUGCCGAGCGCUGAUGGGGAUUGGCAUGGCUGGCACCGCCCCCCUUUUGUCCCAAACCUCUCUUCCUGCGGGUCCCCCCAACCCACUCCUGUUUGGGCCACCGGAACUUCCCGGUCCCGGUGAUCCUGGGACCUGGCUUUAACUCGUUUCUCCCCAGUGUGGGGCCCAGGCUGCCUCAAACCAAACAGAAAAGCCUCUCCCCUCCAACAUGGUUCUGGGGCUGCCGGUGGGAGGCUGAGGCUGAGAUGGGGAGGGUGUCCAAUAGCGACAGCAAAAUAAAUCCCAGGGGUCCAGGAGUUCUGCCCUAAUCAGUCACUAGGAUACACCGCCCCCCCAAUCCCUGCUCUUCCAAAAGGCCAGGAAUGGGGCUGGGUGAGGUCCCUGCUCUUGGAUGAAAAAAGAGGAAGAAAUAUGGAGCUGAGAGAGGAGAAGCUGGCCUAUACGGAGGCUAUGAGUGAGUUUAGUGUGGCAGAAGAUGAAAGAACCGGACGGGAAUACGGACGAAAUUGGAGCAGGGUUUGGGCUCUCCCCCUCGCAGAUAAUGGGAGGAGCCUGACCCGAGCGAGCUCUUUCUUUUCGCUGCUGCGGCCGCAGCCAUGAGUAUGCUCAGGCUUCAGAAGAGGCUUGCCUCUAGUGUCCUCCGCUGUGGCAAGAAGAAGGUCUGGUUAGACCCCAAUGAGACCAAUGAAAUCGCCAAUGCCAACUCCCGUCAGCAGAUCCGGAAGCUCAUCAAAGAUGGGCUGAUCAUCCGCAAGCCUGUGACGGUCCAUUCCCGGGCUCGAUGCCGGAAAAACACCUUGGCCCGCCGGAAGGGCAGGCACAUGGGCAUAGGUAAGCGGAAGGGUACAGCCAAUGCCCGAAUGCCAGAGAAGGUCACAUGGAUGAGGAGAAUGAGGAUUUUGCGCCGGCUGCUCAGAAGAUACCGUGAAUCUAAGAAGAUUGAUCGCCACAUGUAUCACAGCCUGUACCUGAAGGUGAAGGGGAAUGUGUUCAAAAACAAGCGGAUUCUCAUGGAACACAUCCACAAGCUGAAGGCAGACAAGGCCCGCAAGAAGCUCCUGGCUGACCAGGCUGAGGCCCGCAGGUCUAAGACCAAGGAAGCACGCAAGCGCCGUGAAGAGCGCCUCCAGGCCAAGAAGGAGGAGAUCAUCAAGACUUUAUCCAAGGAGGAAGAGACCAAGAAAUAAAACCUCCCCCUUUGUCUGUACAUACUGGCCUCUGUGAUGACAUAGAUCAGCCAUUAAAAUGAAACAAGCCUUAA